AUGAAGACAUUUAAUGACUACGUGGUGAACGACACUCAUGGUCACAGCACCUUCGAGCAGCAAUACUCCUGUUUUACUUCAUAUGUUGGCAAGGAGCGUGGAAACGGAGACAAAGGAGCCUUGCAUUAUGUUCUUGACAUGGCUGAAUGUCGGGCGGAGUACCAACAAAUGUUGAUGCUUGGCAACAUAACCUCGUCCCAUGUAUCAGCUAGCAGCGUCCUCCGAUCAUUCACAAAAACAGAAGCAACAGCUAACGCACAGGAGCCAUCCCAUGUCAAGACGAAACAACCAGCGAACCGCAAGCGAGCUGGCGAAAGAUCGUUAUCUGUGAGUUCAACAUCUACAUCAGCAAUUUCCUCGUCCUCGUCGUCAUCUAAAGGCUGUGGUGGAUCGAACGACUCUCUAGUGGAAGGGGUAAAGCGGCGUCGGUUUGAGAAAGGGCCCGCCUCAUUUAGGCCACUUGCGGAGAUUGCCCAUGCGAUGCACUUUGGGAUAUUUGAACCCUUACCUGAGUCCAUCGCAGUAGAGGAUGAUGUUUCUCCGAGACGGCAAACUCUAUGUCGCCUGUCCUUGUCGUACCUGAAAAAGGCAAGCGAUACGAGCAAGCAAAUGAAUCCAGAGUAUAAUAUGUCACUCAAAGAUGCCUUCGUCUCGCUCUCAGGCGUUUGGAGUAUGUUUUGUCCCGGUGCGAAUGCUGCCUUCAAAGCUGACUAUGAGCAAGGACUAGCUACAUGCGCUGUCAAAGAACUUGAAACUGUAGAACCAGGCUUUGCUGCAAUCGUUACACCUCUGGUGGAGAUGGCAGAAUGCGCAGCGAAGACGGACGCUGGCGUGAAGGCUCAGCCGAUCAUCAGCAAAAUUUACGCACUCCAGGGUGUACCUGGCUCAGAGCCGUAUUGUCGCUCUCUUGACGCUCUCAAAACAAUCCUAAAGCAUGCAGAGCGACCUUUAUCUGGCCGAACCAAGGAUGCAUCGGAAGGCGAUGCUGUCAGUCUUUGGUCCGCAAUCUUCCGAGAGCAACUACCAGCAACAGCGUGUUUGGCACUCAAUCUAGGAGAGCAGGGACUUGCAGCUGCUAGACAAUCGAAUUUGCAUCUUUUUCGGAUCUUCGACAUAAUUGCAGGAACGCGAAAAUGUGACACCAUCCUGACAGUGGAAGACCUUGAGGUCGCAAAUUUCGAACUAAAGAAGGGACUUUGCACGGACGUCAAAGACGACAUACAGCUUCGCAGGACAAUCAAAGCCAUGAAAUCAAUUGGUAUGCUACUAAAAAAGUAUGGAUUGCAGUGCCCUCCUGUAUGUUGUAUGCGUGGUAUGGAAGCAACAGUAUUUUCAAUCAAAGAGCUUGAUGACAUUUGGGUCGCCGGUCCUGCCUGUGACAAAAUCUUACUACCCCAAACGGAGGCCGAGGUCCUAGAUUUCCUGAAAAACGAUAUGCACCGCCUAUUUAGUCUUCUCUUUCUGUAUGAUCGAUAUUCCAAAGAUGUGAUUAUCAAAAAGUCGGAGUACGAACGCCAAAUUCGCAGGGGCAGCAAGACAAGCCUGCUUCCAUCACCUGAAGAGGAGUCGAAGAACAAGGAGUGGGACCUUCUGGUGCUGAAUACCCCUGCCAAGCAGGCUGGCAGACGGAAGUCCAUCGUGGACCAGCUGGAAGAUGACUACGAGGAGUUUUCUCCAAGCUCGCCAUCUGAUCGGUAUUCAACCGUCUUCAACAAGCAGAACGACAAAAUCAAUACUUCUCCAAAAUCACAACCUACUCCAACUGCCACCAAUUCGUUUAUAGAGCGAUUGACUGCAGCCGUCGAUGAUGAUGAGGACACUUGUUAG